GAAUUGACCAAUAAUGGCUUCAGUACGAGAAGUGUCCAGUUUCACCGAAGACUUGCUGUGCCCCAUUUGCCUCUCCCUCUUUCGGGACCCCCGCAUGCUGACGUGCGGCCACAGCUUCUGCGCUCCCUGCCUGGAGCCCUGCAUCCCCAUGGGGCUUUGCCCCGAGUGCCGGCACCCCUUUGCUUUGCGUGACAUGACCAUCAACCGAGCCCUCUGCAGCUUGUCCGAGAAGGCCCGGCUCCUGAGGAUGGAUGAAGGGUACUUCUGUGAGGAACACAAGGAGCCCCUCAAGCUCUUCUGCAGCCAAGAUGAGGAGCCCAUCUGCGUCAUUUGCCGGGACUUGCCUGAGCACCGGGGACACGACUUCCUGCCCACAAAAAAUGCGGUUCAAACCUAUCAGGACCAGCUGAAAGCAUUUCUGGAGCCUCUUGAGGAAGAUCUCAGACGGUUGAAAAGGAGUCAGUGUCACCAGCAGGAGAACAUUAUCGAAUUAAAGACGUGUUCCGAAUCCUUGUCUGAUCAUGUCUCUGGAGAGUUUGUGAAGAUGCACCAGCUGCUGAAUGACAGAGAGCUGGGUAUAAAGCAGGCCUUAGAAAACCAGCGAGAAAAGAACUUGGCUCAGAUGGAAACCAAGUUAAAGGAACUGGACUGGAAGAUGGCCUCAUGUUCAGAAACUCUGUGUUGCAUACAGGCCGGCCUUGAAUGCAAAGAUCACAUAAGUUUCCUUAAGGAGGCAAAAGAGUUGCUAGAGAGGGUAAGUAAGGAACAACCUGAUGAACCUGAACUAGGUGCCAAACUAGUAGGAGAAGAUGGGCUGGGGGCCAGCAAUGACGACACCAGCAAUGACGACACAGAUGAAUUUGUGAAUGAGGUUGAUCGGUUGAUGAGAGAUGCUGAAGAUGAUGAUGAGGAAGAGGAGGAAGAGGGUGAACAAGAGGAAGAACCAGAGACUGCAGCAGGAGAAGAGGAGAAGGAAGAGGAUGAAGAUGGAGUGGUGGCUGUAGACUUGAACGUGGGCGAGUUUAAAGGACCUCUGCAAUUCUGCGCCUGGAAGCAGCUCCUGGGUGCGGUCCAUCCAGUCCCUGCAAGCUUAACUUUGGACUACAACUUAGCUUGUCCCAGCCUGGUCCAAUUGAAAGAAGCCACCGGAGUCACGUUCAGUCCCAACCAAUGCUUCAGCCGACAAAAGUCAAAGUGCUUCACCUCAAGCCUGUGUGUGAUGGGAUGGAAAGGAAUUACCACUGGGUGCUUCUACUGGGAGAUCGAAGUCGGGGACAGUACCGGUUGGGUGGUGGGGAUGGCCAAAAAGUCUGUGAAGCGCAAGAAGCGGCUGAACGUUCUACCCAAGGAAGGUGUGUGGGCCAUUGAGCUGAAGGCUGGAGAGUACCAAGCUCUGAGUGAACCCUGUACGCCCCUCUUGGUCUGCGGGAGGAUGGAAAAAGUUGGGGUCUACCUGGACUUUGAAGGGGGGCAUCUCUAUUUUUACAACGGCAACAGCAUGACCCAUCUUUACACCUUCCAAGAAUGCUUCCAUGAAGAGCUGCUCCCCUUUCUCAGCACCCAAAGCAGCUACCCCCUCUCGGUGUGGAAUCUGGUGCUUUGAGAUCAUAGUUCAGAGUGCUGCAUUGCGAUGAACAGCCUGGUGAAAAUUGAAACCAUUGAGAUGUGCUAGAAUGGAUCUUUUCUUAGCAGUAGCA